UAGUCAACAGGUAACAAGUAGAGAGAGAGAGAGAGAGAGAGAGAGAGAGAGAGAGAGAGAGAGAGAGAGAGAGAGAGACAGACAGACAGACAGACAGACAGACAGACAGACAGACAGACAGACAGACAGACAGACAGACAGACAGACAGACAGACAGACAGACAGACAGACAGACAGACAGACAGACAGACAGACAGACAGACAGACAGACAGACAGAGGGAGAGAGAGAUACCCCAGAGGCAUAACUCAGACACUGAAAUAGUCAUCACCUUCCAAGGACCAGAACAGCACAAGUUGAAAAAGAGGCAAAAAAAUAACUUUCAGGUUAUCCUGACAGCAGGAAAGGACUGAGGACUCUAUUCAUACCUGUCCCCAAGGAGACCACAAGGACAGCCCAAGGACAGACGCACAGCAGCAUCAGGAGGAGGUGAGAGAGACUACAGACUAACUGACCAUGGCGUCGUUCGAACCUCAGGGUCAGUCUCCUCCUUGCUGUGGCCCCCAGUUCCCCAGCCUGGGCCAGGAACCUCCAGAACUCAGCAUGUACAGUGACUGCUACUACCCUCCUCCAUCGCUCCCCAGCCCCCAGCGCACCACCCCCACCUCCUAUGACUACAGCACCUCCUCCCCUAAUCCUUACCUGUGGUUCAAUGGAUCCGGCAUCAACGCUCCCCCAUAUCUGGCCACCACUGGGCCCCCAGGAAACCCCGGGCCACCCUUCGUCCCCCAGCACUAUGGGAUGCAGAGGCCUUACCUGGGGCCUGGCGGGGCAGGGGUCCCUGGGGGGGAGCUGGGCUGGUUCUCUCUGCCCUCACAGGAAGACCUGAUGAAGCUGGUCCGCCCGCCCUACUCCUACUCCGCCCUCAUCGCCAUGGCGAUCCAUGGUGCCCCGGAGCGGAGGCUGACCUUGAGUCAGAUCUACCAGUAUGUGGCCGAUAACUUCCCCUUCUACAACAAGAGCAAGGCUGGCUGGCAGAACUCCAUCAGGCACAACCUGUCACUCAACGACUGCUUUAAGAAGGUCCCCAGAGAUGAGGACGACCCUGGUAAGGGUAACUAUUGGACACUAGACCCAAACUGUGAGAAGAUGUUUGACAACGGAAACUUCCGUCGUAAAAGGAAGAGGAAGUCUGAUUCACUGUCUGGAGGAGAGGGGGGGUCAGGGGGGUCGGAGCCAGGUGAGCCAGGUCGGAGCCCCGAACCCCCCAGCAACCACGGAAUCGACAUGUCUCCCACGCCAGAGAGAAUCCCCACCCCUUCAACCACAGGUCCCGCCCCUUGCUUGAGCAGCUUCCUGUCUGAGAUGUCUGGAGUGGUGUCAGGGGGAGCCAAUGAGAUCGUAGGAGAUUCGCUGAACCGGGCCCUCCCCAUAACCCUGGAUGGGACCCAGAGGCCUACACAGCCUGGGGGUUUUGGUAGUUACUCCCCCAGCUCGGGUGCUUCGGAGUGGGCUUCCCAGCUGCCGCCUCCCCAUGGCCUCUCCUCCUCGCCCACCCACUCUUCCCUGGGUUACAGCAGCCCCAUCCUCAGCCAGUUCAAUGGGCAUUUCUACCCUGGCUUGGGCUCAGCAAGCAUCCUAUACCCACGGGAAGGCACAGAGGUCUGAACAGACUGAUAGACAGGGAGACAGGGAUGGGCAGAAGACAACUAGAGGUAUGAACAGACUGAUAGACAGGGAGACAGGGAUGGGCAGAAGACAACUAGUGGUCUGAACAGACUGAUAGACAGGGAGACAGGGAUGGGCAGAAGACAACUAGAGGUCUGAACAGACUGAUAGACAGGGAGACAGGGAUGGGCAGAAGACAACUAGAGGUCUGAACAGACUGAUAGACAGGGAGACAGGGAUGGGCAGAAGUUAGCUAGAGGUCUAAAGACACUAAAGAAAGGAGAGUGAGAAAGAGACUUCUACAUGAGACUGAACUGAACCGUCUGCUGACACACACAUAUACACACACACACGGUAGUCAGUUAAAGCUGACAGGGCGGGACUCAGUUGCGUGUGACAGCAAGAUGAGCAGGGCCUGGUUCCCACGGAAACAGCCGAGUCAGCAUCGAUGAUGCUUCACGCACACACGCAUGCACACACACACAUACACGCACACAAACACACGCACACACACCUGUUUAAUCAUCUAUAAUUGCUGACUGUCAUGACUGACAGUUUUAAUUUGUAUAUAUUUUUAUUGAAUGUGUUUAUGUUAUUGUUUAUAUCUGUUAUUUGAUUGUUUAUGUAUGUGUUUUUAUCUGUUAUUUGAUUGUCUAUGUAUGUGUUUUUAUCUCUGAGUGCUUGGGUCCAACAUAUUUGUUCAACAUUGUAGAAUAUUGUUUUGCUAUGAAUGGCUCAGACCUGGGUUCAAAUACAUGUGUUUUGUUAUUUGAAUACAUUUAGCUGUGUAUAUAAUUAUUUUCAAAUACACAGCUCAAAACAAGUAUUUUUAUUUUAGUAUUUGAAUGGUUAUUUGUGAAAACCAAAUAGUUGACCACAUUUAAUUUUAAAGUAUUUUCUAACAUUUAUUUAAAAUACUAUUUUUUUUUUAAAUAUCUAGGAUAAAUGCAUGGGAGUGUAUUCAUGUCAGUGUAUAUGACUAUUCCCAAAUCAAUUCCAAUAUUCAACAACUUGUUUUUUAUAAUAAAUGUGAUCUGAAUACUUGUUUAGAAAUGACUUUGAAAAGUAUUUGAAAUACCUGAAAUAGUGUUUGAACCCAGGUCUGGUAUGGCUUAUACCAACAUUGGUCUGAUGGUUGUUUUUGAUAAGAAUAAUAAAAUACAGGAAAACGUUC